CCUUCACUUGCGUAUCUCCGAGCCCGCUAGUCGUUUGAUACGACACUGAUUCAGGCGUUUAACAAAGUGCUUUAAGUGACCGAUAUCGCUGGCAUUUCAAUUCAGUAUCAAUUUGCGAUAAUGAGCGAGCGCUAUGUUGUCCGGGAGGUGGCGACGAGAGAAGAGAUGGACGACAUCUUGGAAAUUAUAUGGGCCGCGAAUUACACACCAUACGAGCCGUUCAUCCAACUUUUCUUCCCUGUUCUUGGUUUCACGCCUGCGCACCGGAAAACCGCGAUUGCCGAGUCCAAGGAACGUUUCUGGAGUCAACAUCAAGCCGAACCGUCAGGUCACUGGUUUUACGUUGUCGACACAAUCGCAGGAAAGGCAGUCGGCUGCGCACAAUGGGUCAUCUCAACGACCAAUCCGUUUGCUGGAGGAGUGCCCAAGCUCAAAGCGCCCUGGUGGCCAGAGGGUGAAUGUCGAAAGUUCUGUGAAUCGAUCUUGAACCAGGUGUACAGGGCGCACGCAAGUUGGAUGACGCGGCCUCAUUGUGCGCUGAACUGGAUGGCGGUUCACCCUUCUUAUCGUCUCCGUGGUAUCGGAUCGCUCUUGAUGAAUGCAGGAGUCUCUCGCGCCGACAAGCUUGACCUCGAGUGUUGGAUGGAGGCGUCGUCUAUGGGCAAGCCGUUGUACGAAAAGUUCGAUUUCGAGUCGUUGUUCAAGAUCGGCUUCGAUACCGAGAAGCCAAACGCGAGUGACGAGUGGCGGAAGUGUGCGCAUGAGAUGACACCUCCACCGAUAUUCGCCAUGUGGAGACCUAAGCAAGGAUCGCGGAAGGACGAAGAUGGUGGUGAGGUAAAGAUGCCAUGGGACUUGGCGAUGGAGUAUCAAGGAGAGUCAAGGCGAGAGGGUAGGGGCGAGGGACGAGUGUUCCGUAACGGAACGCAAUAGACAACGUCGACUUGCGGUGGAUGGAUAUUGCAACUUUACUACUGAGAGCUAUGAUGAGACCCUCAAAUUGAGGCUAUGUUAGCUAGAGUGCAUACGAGGAGGAACAUAGUGCACAAGACCAAAUCAUACCAUUGACAUUAGUAUCCU